ACUUCUCUCAUUUAAAGAGAUGUGAUACUGCUUAUAUGUGCUGAAUUGCUACUUGCGGCGUUCAAGCGAUGAGCUUUGAAUGUUUAUUCCAGCUAAUGUGAUGGACUUGUAGGCAGGACGCUGGGCGGAAACAGCGGGGAGAACUUGCGUGUGUGUUUCUGCCAUGAAGGAGUGGCCCAAAACUUGUGUUCCUCUGUGUUUGUGUAGAUGCUUGAUGAGGAUGAGUGUUGCUGCGUUCGGUUCGUAAGCGGUGGACGCGCAGUAAAAGACGCAAAGCACCGGUUUCAGUGAGAGGAGGUGACGCCCAGGAGAAGAAAUGCCGAUACCUCCUCCCCCUCCCCCUCCCCCGCCCCCCACCUUCUCACAGGCCAACACAGAGAAGCCUGUCUUGAACAGAUCAGAGCAGCAGGGCAGGAAUGCUUUACUGUCAGACAUCAGUAAAGGAGCCAGGCUGAAGAAGGCUGUUACAAAUGACCGCAGUGCCCCCGUACUUGACAAACCCAAAGGUGGAGGAGGGCCUGGAGGGGGAGGCGGGGGCGGAGGAGGAGGAGGAGGGUUUGGUGGUGGUGGUGGUGGGGGUGGAGGAGGCGGAGGAGGUCUGGGUGGGCUCUUCCAGGGUGGCAUGCCAAAGCUGCGCUCCACUCGAGAUGACUCUGUGAGUGUCAGGCCUCCGGUUCUGCCACCUGUAGCUCGUACCACAGGUCCGCGGCCUUUUGGUGGAGGAUCUGGCUCUGCCCCUCGUCUGCCUGUGCAGCGCAGUGAAUCUUUUGAUCCUCCACGGGCACGAAUGACUCCACCACGUCCCGAAACGCCAGGAGGGCCUCCUCCUCCUCUUCCAAGUGCCCCCCGACCCUUCCAGAGCAGUACACAGAGCAGGGGGCCACCCGCACUACCAGGCACUCCCCGCUUUGGCUCUGCACCAACCCCUCCACCCCCAACCCUUCCUGGGCGUCAGCCUGCACCUCCACCAGUGCCAGGUGGGAUAGGUCGUCCUCCAUCAGUUCCUUCUCCUUCGACUGGUCAUGCCGGAAGGCCUCCACCUCCUCCUGCACCUGGUCGGGGUGAAGACCGCCCUCCUCCUGUUCCCCCUGCAAACCGCUCAAUGCCACUGACGCGGGACAGCCCUCCCCCUCCACCUCCUCCAUCAGCAAGCAGUAAACCGACUCCCCCUCCAGCUCCUUCUCCUGCCUGCUUGAGGCCACCGGUGAGUGCAGCCCCUCCACUGCCGCCAGGUCGCCCAAGCCCAAAUACUCCAGAUGAACAUACGCCACGACUUCCUGAACGAAACCUGUCACUAGCCUCACAUCCGCCCGCACCUCCGCCAGGGCGAUCCGGACCCCUUCCUCCACCUCCCUCCGAGAGACCGCCUGCGCUGGGCAGAAAUGCAAGUGGAAGAUCAGGUCCUCUUCCGCCUCCACCUCCUUCUGGCCGGCCAGGAGGAGGAAGUAUGAGGUCAUCGCCAGCUCCUCCCCCACCAAACAGACCGGGUGUAGAGACUCACCGUGGGGGCAGUAGGCCACCACUUCCUCCAGACAGACCUUCCUCUGGACCUCUGCCGCCACCUCCUGCACCUAUAGGCAAUGGAUACCACAGUCAGCAUCAUAUAGAUGAAUGGGAAUCACGCUUCACAUUCCGGCCUGUAUCGGAUCUUCCACCCCCAGAUCCCUACAUCCCCUGUCAAAAGACCUACCCCAGCAAAAUAGUGCGAAAUGAAAGCCGAGGUUCAGGGAAGAAAGAGCGAGGAGCACCUCCCCUGCCUCCUAUACCUAGGUGAAAAAGAAAAAGGCCUGACAAUCCUUCCCUUUCCUGAUUUUCUAAGUUUCUCUGGAACUGUUUGUUUCUGUGAUGUUGUUUUUUCUGCCAGAGUAAUUCAUUAAAAUAUAUAUAAAAAAAUCAUGUAUAAAAGAAGUAUAAAAACAGUUUUCUGUUAAAACACCCCUUAUUCUAUACAGUUUUGUUGUUGUUUGCUUCAGAAAUGAUUCUCAAUUGCUUUUUUGCCUGUCGAGUGAUGAGUUACAAUAAUACUAAAGCUAAGUUUGACUGUUUUGUUUUUGAAUGAGAAGAAUUGUUGUGCCAUUUAUUGUCCCUCAGGGACAUGCUGAAAGUUUUAGGAGUUUGCCACUUCUACUGUUUUGAUGUUUAUGUCUAAGCAAUACACUUCUCAAGGAUAUAAUGAAAAACUUAUAGGCCUUUGGGUGCAGGAUAUCGUCGUAUUUCGAUGAGUUUUGGCGCCCUCUGGCUGUUUUUAUACAACAACACAGUAGCAAAUUAGCAUCUACUUUUUAAGCUUCCAAUGGCAGUAAAAUCAGGUAACUUGAACAAAAUGUCAGGUAACUUGAAGUGGCUGACUGAAAUGCUCACGUAAUAAUAUUUGAUAGAAAAACGUUUGCUUUAGUUAUGUGGUGAUAAAGGACAAAAAGUUACACAGAACACUGAAUAUUGUGUGAAUGGUACUAGCAUCAGAUGUAUUAACAUACAAGUCCUUAUGUGAAAUUAGGAGGGACUGAAUUCAUGGAGAACUGUAGAUGGCCAUUAUUAGAUUUAUAGAUCACUCAAAAUCAAAACAAUUUCUCACCAAACUCAAGUGGUUCUUAGCAAUUUAUGAAUUUCGUGUGUUGCACACAAAAAACAUGAUAAUCUGAAGAUUUGUUCUUGAGGGAAAGCAGCCUUUUCAUUUUUAGGGGGGUGAACUACGCCUUUAAAUGCUCUGCAGAUCAUUUUAACAAGUCUUGGAGCUGACAUAUGACUAUUCCUGAUAGAUAUAAGCCAAAAAUGUGUUUAAAAAAUGUUGUAUGCACUUGCUUAUGUUGCUAAUGUUAGCUCAGUAUUACGUUGCCUUAUAUGUAUAUUUUUCAGAUGUUUACUAUUAUAUUUUACAGUGCUUGACUUAAAGUAUAAUCAGAAAGCGUAUUAUACCUUGAGCUGCAUUUAAUAUGUUUUCUUCAUUUGUGUACUUGUAGUGAAAGAAUCAAAAGUCCAGGUUAAUGCUGCCUUUUGUUUGUUUACAUGGGAAUGGCCUUUAAAGAAACAUUAAAAAAUCACUUAAACAAGAGAGAAGCACAGCCAAAAAAGACACAAUAUGUGGCACCAACAUUAUUAUUAAAACUAAGGCAUGAUUUAUUAUGUUGUGCUUGCAAAGAUAUUGCGGUAUGAUCAAAAGCUUGCGAUGGUUCACCCAGAAAUGAAAAUUCUGUCAUUUACUUGCCCGUCUCUUUGAUUUUAUUUCUUCUCUUGAAAAAGAAGCUUUAAAAAUGUUUGAAAGCAGUAGUCAUUGACUUCCAUAGUAUGUUUUCUAUUAAUGUCAGUGGUUACUGGUUUUCAAGUUCUCUUGAAAAAAAGCUUUAAAAAUGUUUUUUAAACCAGUAUCCAUUACUCCAUAGCAUUUCUUUUUUUUUUUUAAUGAAUGUCAGUGAUUACUGUUGCUCAACAUUCUUCAAAAUAUCUUCUUUUGUGAAAAAAAAAAAACAUUUGAGGGUGAGGAAAUAAUACCAGAAUAUUCAUUAUUGCGUGAACAAUCCCUAUAGGCUAACAUGGUACGGUAAUGUUCACUUUGUGCCUUAAUAUAGCUACAAUUUUAGUUCAUACAACGUUAUGUUGUUUAAUUUGUAUUUUUUACUAUACAGUAAUACAAAAAAGAGCUAUUCUUGUGUGCCAAAUGUGCUGUUUUCUAAAUAAACAUGCAAGCAAAGCUGGAUUUUGUAUUUCAUUUUAUUUAACGCUCAUUUCUAUGCGUUUCAUUUGUUGUGAAGCUGUUUUCAGUAUGCUGACUGCACACAAAUGUUCUUUGUAUGUUUUGUUGUUGUUUGAUUUCAGUGCACUUUUUUUUCAGAAAUUCUGAAAUAAAUUAAGAAAAUGAAACACACUUCAUUCAAACAAGAAAUACCAGGUAAACAAUGCCCUAGAAGAUUCCCUCAGUACUAAUAUUAAAAUGUCAUUUACUCUCAGUUCUCCUACAAACCUCUUUGAUUUUCUUUCUGCUUUUGAAAAAGAAGCUUUAAAAAAUGUUUUUGAAACCAAUUGUCAUUAACUACUAUGCAUGUCAGUGAUUACUGUUGCUCAACAUUCUUCAAAAUAUCUUCUUUUGUGAAAAAAAAAACAUUGGAGGGUGACAAUAACGAACAAUCCCUAUAGGCUAAUAUGGUACGUUAAUAUGUUCACUUUGUGCCCUUAUAUGGCUACAAUUUCAGUUCAUACAACGUUAUGUUGUUUAAUUUGUAUUUUAGUAUACAGUAAUACAAAAAGAACUAUUCAAGUGUGCCAAAUGUGCUGUUUCCUAAAUAAACAUGCAAGCAAA